CUCUGCUUGCUACAACCCGCACUCAAUGGACUCAACCGCUACCUGCAAGUCGCCAGCUCGAUUCACUCUGGGCAAGCAGUCGUCUCUGGCACCGGACCGGGAGGGAUCGUCCGGCGGAGCCACCGAGGCGAUGAUAGACCCGAGGGUGAGGCUAAUGUACAUGGCUAACGAGGGGGAUUUGGAAGGGAUGAAGGAGCUAUUGGACUCUGGCACCAAUGUCAACUUCAAAGAUAUUGAUGGGCGGACCGCUCUCCAUGUCGCAGCUUGCCAGGGCCUUACUGAUGUCGUCCAGUUGCUCCUUGAUCGCGGCGCCGAUGCCGAUUCCAGAGAUCGCUGGGGCAGCACUCCACUUGCGGAUGCGGUUUACUAUAAGAAUCAAGAUGUGAUCAAGCUUUUGGAGAAGCAUGGUGCAAAGCCUCCGAUAGCCCCAAUGCAUGUUCUAAAUUCUCGGGAAGUGCCAGAGUAUGAGAUUGAUCCCAGUGAACUUGACUUUUCUAACAGUGUCAAUAUCACAAAGGGAACAUUUCGCGUAGCAUCUUGGCGGGGUAUUAAAGUUGCUGUUAAAACACUUGGAGAGGAAGUUUUUACCGAUGAGGAAAAAGUAAAGGCAUUCAGAGAUGAGCUUGCGUUGCUUCAGAAGAUAAGACAUCCAAAUGUUGUCCAAUUUUUGGGUGCUGUAACCCAAAGCAGUCCAAUGAUAAUUGUUACAGAAUACUUACCUAAGGGAGAUCUUCGAGCAUAUUUGAAACUAAAAGGCGCAUUGAAGCUAAAACUUGCUGUUAAGUUUGCACUUGAUAUUGCCAGGGGAAUGAAUUAUCUGCACGAACAUAAGCCUGAAGCAAUAAUUCAUCGAGAUCUUGAGCCUUCAAAUAUACUACGGGAUGAUUCUGGGCAUCUGAAAGUUGCAGACUUUGGAGUGAGCAAGCUGCUCAAGGUUGCUAACAGAGUUAAAGAAGACAGACCUGUGACAUCGCAAGAGACUUCUUGGCGAUAUGUGGCACCGGAAGUUUUCAGAAAUGAAGAAUAUGAUACUAAAGUUGAUGUAUUUUCAUUUGCUUUGAUAUUACAAGAGAUGAUUGAAGGUUUUCCACCAUUUCAUACAAAGCAAGAAUACGAAGUUCCUAAAGCAUAUGUUGCGAAUGAGCGCCCACCUUUUCGAGCUCCUGCAAAGUGCUAUGCUCAUGGGUUAAAAGAGUUAAUUGAGGAAUGCUGGAGUGAGGAGCCAUUCAGGAGACCACCAUUCAGGGAGAUAAUAACAAGGCUGGACUACAUAAAUAACCAACUUGCACAUAAGGGGCAUUGGAAGUUUGGACCGCUCAAGUGUCUAAAGAACUUCGAGAAUAUGCUGAAGAGAGAUCGUCUAAAUCCGAGCAGUCGUUCAUCUCGCUCCGCAACCAGAUGAUAAAUUUGUAAAAGCUUUCUUUAUCUUUCAAUGCCUUUUGUUUCAUACUUGUUCUCUUAUUGAGUCAUUGUUGCAUGUUGAGUCCAUAUUAUUAGUGCUACUUUA